AUGCCGACUAUGCAUAGAUCUGGAGCUGCCAUGGCUUGGAAUGUUUUCAAAUUCUGUACUGCCCUGCGAGGUCUGGGUUCAAUCAUGAUCUUGUUGGUUCUAGGUGUUGUCGGUGUCACUUAUUACGCUGUCGUUUUAACCAAUUACGGGCCGGCUUUGUACGAUGGUGGCGUCGACUCCUUUAAUGCUCUCCUUGUCUUGGUCCCAUUCCAUUGCUUGCUGAUCAUGCUCCUGUGGAGCUACUUUUCCGUUGUGUUAACUGAUCCCGGUAGUGUACCUCCGACUUGGAGGCCUUCUGCUGACGAGGAAAGAGGAGAAGCUGAUUCAUUGAAUGGUCAAGAGUUUAAUAGUGUGCAGACGGACCUAGCUAAGCCUAGAGUACGGUACUGCAGGAAGUGCAACCAGCUCAAACCGCCUCGUUGCCACCAUUGUUCUGUUUGUGGAAGGUGUAUUUUGAAGAUGGAUCAUCACUGUGUUUGGGUUGUAAAUUGUGUUGGUGCAUUAAAUUACAAGUACUUCCUUUUGUUUUUGUUCUACACAUUUCUGGAGACAAGCCUAGUGACUGUGUCUUUACUACCACAUUUUAUUGCAUUCUUCGGUGAUGGAGAAAUCCCUGGCACACCAGGCACUCUGGCGACCACAUUUCUCGCUUUUGUCCUGAAUCUGGCUUUUGCACUAAGCGUGCUGGGAUUCCUAAUCAUGCAUAUAUCAUUGGUGGCCACUAAUACCACGACGAUUGAGGCGUACGAGAAAAAAACCACACCAAAAUGGCGUUAUGAUCUGGGACGAAGGAGGAACUUCGAACAGGUUCUUGGCACGGAUAAAUGGUACUGGUUCAUUCCAGCUUACUCAGAUGAGGAUUUAAGACGAAUGCCUGCACUUCAAGGGCUGGAAUACCCGUCAAGGCCAGAUUUCGAUUCAGAAGAGUUCUUCUAG